AGCUCUACUUCAGUUGUUCGACUGGCGGUUAGGCUGUUCCUGUGCUGUAAGAAGAGCAAACAGAGGAGCCGCCCCUUCUCCCUGCUUGGGUCCCUCCCUGCGCCCGCUGGCUGUUUGGAGCCUUGUUAAGGGACGAAGCUAAUAUUUGAGCAGCGCCAUGUUUCACAUUUUGAGGCAGUCUCAGGAGGAGAACCCCCAGGAAUAUAGCAUGGAAGGCCCCCGGGACGGGCUCAAAAAGGAACGGCUUUUAGAUGAUCGUCAUGAUAGCGGCCUAGACUCGAUGAAAGAUGAGGAAUAUGAGCUGAUGGUGAAAGAGCUAAAGGAGAUAAGGAUUCAGCCUCAGGAGGUGCAUGCCGGGCCGCCCCAAGAGUCUUGGAAACUACAGAUCACCGAGGACGGAGACACGUUUCUCCACAUGGCCAUCAUUCACGAAGAGAAGACAUUGAGUUUGGAAAUCAUCCGACAAGUGGGAGGGGACUUGGCUUUCCUCAACUCUCAGAACAAUCUGCAACAGACUCCUCUUCACUUGGCAGUGAUCACUAAACAGCCAGGGAUUGCUGAGACACUCCUAAAAGCUGGCUGUGACCCAGAGCUCAGGGACUUUCAAGGGAAUACACCUCUGCACCUUGCUUGUGAGCAGGGCUGCCUGGCUGGUAUAGGAGUGCUUACCCAAUAUUGCCAAACCCAGGACCUCCUCUCAGUGCUUCAUUCUACAAACUACAAUGGUCACACGUGCCUCCAUUUGGCUUCCAUCCAUGGCUACUUAGCAGUAGUAGAACAUUUGGUAUCCUUGGGAGCUGAUGUCAAUGCUCAGGAGCCCUGUAAUGGCCGAACUGCCCUCCAUCUUGCUGUAGACUUGCAGAAUCCUGAACUGGUAUCACUUCUUUUGAGGUGUGGGGCUGAUGUCAACAAAGUAACUUACCAGGGUUACUCUCCAUAUCAACUCACUUGGGGCAGAGAGAAUACUACUAUUCAAAAACUUUUGGGGCAGCUGACCAUGGAAAACUUGCAAACGCUUCCAGAGAGUGAAGAUGAAGAGAGCUAUGAUACAGAGUUGGAAUUCACAGAGGAUGAAUUGCUCUAUGAUGACUGUGUGAUUGGAGGCCAACGGCUAGCAUUAUGAACUGAACAUAACUGAAAAAGCAUGAAGCUCUACUCUGUAUAAUUUGUACAAAAAGAUAUUUUAUUUUUCUAAAAAAAAUUUAAAACACAAAAAAUGCACAAAUAACAAUAUAAGUUGUCCUGAAACACAUUAUAAAAUAUCUUAUAUCUCUUCUUGUGGUGAAUUCUUGGCAUGGGUACAAGAAAGAUUGGAAAUUCACAGAAAAUUUCUUAAGAGGCACAUGAGGUUUUUGGAGAAUUUUUCAGUAUUUGGUUUGCUGAAAAGAAUUGCAUGUUUGUUACCAAUUAUUUUGCUGACUUUCUAACCAUGGAUUCUAAUGGUUUACCAUAGCUGCUUUCUGUGAUGAUUAAUAGUAAGAAGAACUGAAAGAAAAAUUUUGAACAUUGUUAAAAGAAUUGGCUUCUGAUCCUAUCACCUUGUCAGUGAUGAUUACAGCCUCUUGUAAAUUGUGUAUAUUAUAUGUAUUUUGUUGGUAAUGUUUUGGUACUUUUAAGAUGUAUAUUUAUUAAACAGAUUUUCUAUGCCAGGA